GAUUAACAAACCUAACCCCUUUGCCUUCGCACGAGUUACCCACUUCUAGUCAAUCCCGCAGGGAACACUCCCAAAAACGCGUCGUCAACGCGUAGAUUUUGGAAGAGGGGGAGGUUUCCAUCAGAUUCAUACGGCAGGCUUCUGAAGAUACAUACAUGGCAGGCAUUUCGUAUACGUAGCUAGAAAGAGAGAGCGAGACCGCAGAAGGCAGCCGACCCCUCGCACACUUCGGGAAAACAUGGACAGGCAGCCCGGCCACCUGAGCUCGCCCGUGAAAACAAAAAGCGAUGCUCGACGAAUCAAGAUCCUGAGCAUGGGCGAUGCCGGCGUGGGCAAGAGUUGUUUGAUCAAGAGGUACUGCGAAGGAAGGUUCAUUCCAGAGUACGUGUCGACAAUAGGCAUAGACUACGGCGUCAAAGCAAUCACAAAGUCCAAAGAAGAAGUAAAGGUCAAUUUUUGGGACAUCGGCGGCGCCCCUUUCUACCACGACAUCCGCACCGAGUUCUACAAGGACACCGACGGCGUGCUCGUUGUGUUCUCCGUCACCGACGCAUCCUCGUUCGACGCCAUCCCGCGCUGGAUGGAGGAGUUGAAGACGUAUGGGAAUGCGCAAGGAGUUACGGGCGUGCUGGUGGGGAAUAAGUGUGAUGGGGAUGAGGGGGAAAGGGUGGUGGAGGUAAACAGGGCGAGGGAGGUGGCGAAGGGGUUGGGGUUGACAUACUUUGAAACAUCGGCAAUGGCAGGCCAUGCGGUGCAGGAGAUGUUUGACUACCUGUUUGAUUGCGUUCUGGGCAAGCUGAAAUCUACGGCCGCUUCCUCGGCGUAAUCUGGGGUAUUGCAACAUCUUCCUAUCAUUUUAUCCGAAACGCAUGCCUCAUCUUCAUCACCGUCAAUCAAACGGUCAUUUUCAUGCAAUCAUCGAUGUUCCAACCCCAAUGCGUCAUAAUCACUUGAUCUGCCUAGUAAGCGUAAGGCCGUGUUCAGGAAUGUGCGCAUCUGCCUAUGUACCCGCUUUCACUUGAUAGGAGGCAAUGAUGUCGUCUUCAAGAUGGCCUGACAGACGGCCUCCAACACGCGUCUCCAAUCUGCUUACAGAACGCGUUUUGGACUCUGUUUCCGCCCCUUUCCUAACAUCUCGCCCACGUUUCCACCCAUCUCAGCCACGUUUCCACCAAUCUUGGCCAGUUUUCUUUUGCAGGCCUGUCGCGGGCCAUGGUGGCCUG